AUGAUAUACCCGGUAAUAUAUGCUUUAUGUGGUGUUACACUAUUAUGGCAGCUAUGUUCGUGUGGUAUCAGUUUAGUCUUACUACCGUUUACCUAUCUGAUUGACAUAUUGGACAAGAAAUACAGGAUUAGGGAUGACUUUUAUAUUAUACCAUACUUUAUUACUUCAGUUUUGGGUUAUAUAUGGCGUUUGCAGACCAAUAGAUUUCAAAAUUGGUAUAUUUUUGAGCAAAAGGUGAGGAAACAUGGGUCUUUACCUUGUAUCAUCUAUCCAAGGCCAUUAAAGACCAAAGGUGAGUUUGAAGUUGAGUCCUACAGCUAUAAAGGUACAUAUGAUAUUGUUUUACGGCUGACGCAUAUUUUGUACAACGAGUAUGGCAUUAGAGCAGGUGAUUAUAUUGCAUUAGAUUGUACCAAUAAGCCUUUGUUUAUUUUCCUGUGGCUUUCUCUUUGGAAUAUCGGUGCUAUUCCAGCUUUUUUAAACUACAACCAACUUGGGAAGCCGUUGGUGCACUCUAUUGUGACAUCGAAUGUGAAACAGGUUUUGAUUGAUCCGCAAGCUAGCCAAGCGAUAAAAGCUACGGAGGAAGAGCUUCUAAAAGAGGUUCCGGACAUUCAAUUACGCUACUUAGAUGAGGACCAGCUUCUUAGAUUAAUAACCAGUACUUCGAGUCCAUCACUACGUAUUAAUGACGAUGAAAGAUCACAUAAAACACUAAAGGACUUCGAACCUGCGCUACUAAUAUUUACUUCCGGAACCACUGGUCUUCCUAAACCUGCAAUUAUGUCUUGGAGAAAAUCAACUAUUGGGUGUGCUCUAUUUGGACAUGUUAUGCGCAUCAGAACGGAUAGCAUAAUUCUGACAGCCAUGCCGCUAUAUCAUUCUACAGCUGCUUUAUUGGGUGCAUGUGCGGUGUUUUCUCAGGGAGGAUGCGUCGCCAUUUCUAAUAAAUUCUCUGCGUCUUCUUUUUGGAAGGAAGCAUAUUUAACAAGGACAACUCACAUACAGUACGUUGGAGAAGUUUGUAGGUACUUGUUAAACUCACCAAAAUCGGAGUAUGAGAAUAAGUGUCGUGUGAGGGUCGCGUACGGAAAUGGCUUGCGGCCUGGCAUAUGGAUGGAUUUCAAAAAUAGGUUUUACAUUGACGUUAUUGGUGAGUUCUAUGCCUCCACGGAAGCACCAUUUGCAACGACUUCAUUCCAAAGAGGAACCUUUGGAGUUGGUGCCUGCAGAAAUUAUGGUGCUUUGAUUAAUUGGAUUUUAUCCUAUCAGCAAACGCUAGUUAGAAUGGAACCCGACGAUGAUUCUACAGUUUAUCGUAAUAGGAGCGGUUUCUGUGAAGUUUCUAAAGUCGGUGAACCUGGAGAGCUAAUGAUGAGGAUAUUUAAACCUAGAAAGCCAGAAACUUCCUUUCAAGGUUAUGUGGGGAAUAAAACCGCCACACAAUCUAAAGUUUUACGAGACGUAUUCAGGAAAGGCGAUGCAUGGUACAGAUCUGGUGACUUACUGAAAGCUGAUGAAGAUGGAUUAUGGUAUUUUGUAGAUAGAUUAGGGGACACUUUCAGGUGGAAGUCUGAAAACGUUUCUGCCACAGAGGUCGAAAACCAGAUGAUGCGUUAUAACAAAGAGAUUUUUGAAUGCGUAGUUAUUUUAGGAAUAAAGAUACCUAACCAUGAAGGUAAAGCUGGUUUUGCAGUUGUCCAGUUGAAGAAUGAAUAUUUAAUGGAGGAUAAAAUUCAUUUAUUGAAUGGUGUAUUAGAUCACUUGAAAAUGAAUUUACCAAAGUAUUCUUUACCAAUCUUGGUAAAGUUUGUGGAUGAAAUUGAGGUUAGCCACAAUCAUAAGUUAGCAAAGAGAAAGUACAAGGAACAAAAGCUACCGCAUGGCGAAGAAGGAAACGAAACUAUCUAUUGGUUAAAAAACUACAGUGAAUAUUCUCUUUUGACAGAUGAAGACUGGAGCCUGAUUCUUAGCGGAAAAUCUAGACUAUAA